GGGAAGAAGACAGCAAAAGUCCACUUUGGUUGAAUUGAAUAUUAGUUUCAGUCUGCAGAGACGACGCCCUUCACGUAGCCACCAGCCGUACCAUUACAGUAGUUGGUGUGAGAACCUCAAAAGUUUCUUAUUUGCAAAAAAUGCCCAUUUAACUUCCUUUUCGAUGUUUCUUAUGUUCUGUGUUUUAAAACAAAACCUCUCUUGUCUAGCCUAACUUUUCCUUCGCCUCUCUGUAGUAGAGUACGUUUGAUGAUGGCGUCUCUGUCUUCCUCCGUCACUUCACGUCCAUAUCGUUCUGGUUAUUCGGGUUCUUUCUCACCGGUUAACGGUAGUAACAGACAUCGAUCACUCUCGUUCCUGUCUGCUUCUCCUCGAGGAUUGAGUUCUCAUGAGCUCUGUAUUAGAUUCCAGAGGAACUCCACUCGUAGUUCUGUCUUUAUGCAAGAUGGUGCAGUAGUCACUAAUUCAAGUUCAACAGAGAGUACAUCUUCUCUUAAGGGAUUGAAAGAGGUGUUAUCAGUUAUAGCUCAAGAAGCAGCCAAGGUUGGAGAAGGUUCUGAUGGUCAGAAUCAGUCAACAGUUAGUAUCACGGUGGUUGGAGCCUCUGGUGAUCUCGCCAAGAAGAAGAUUUUCCCUGCCCUUUUCGCACUUUACUAUGAAGACUGUCUUCCCGAGCAUUUUACGAUAUAUGGUUAUUCUAGGAGUAAGAUGACUGAUGUUGAACUUAGAAACAUGGUCAGCAAAACUCUGACCUGCAGGAUUGAUAAGAGGGCAAACUGUGGUGAGAAGAUGGAAGAGUUUCUCAAGAGAUGUUUUUACCAUUCUGGUCAGUAUGAUUCUCAGGAACAUUUUACUGAACUGGACAAGAAGCUCAAGGAACAUGAGGCUGGAAGAAUCUCGAACCGCCUCUUCUAUUUGUCUAUCCCUCCAAACAUAUUUGUAGACGCUGUGAAAUGUGCAAGCUCUUCCGCUUCAUCUGUCAAUGGAUGGACUAGAGUCAUUGUUGAGAAGCCUUUUGGCCGAGAUUCUGAGACCUCCGCUGCUUUAACCAAAUCCCUCAAGCAGUACUUGGAGGAAGAUCAAAUUUUCAGGAUAGACCAUUACCUAGGAAAGGAGCUAGUAGAGAACUUAUCCGUUCUUAGAUUCUCAAACCUUAUAUUCGAACCUCUAUGGUCAAGACAGUACAUAAGGAACGUCCAAUUCAUAUUCUCUGAGGACUUUGGCACUGAAGGACGUGGAGGGUACUUUGACCACUACGGAAUCAUAAGAGAUAUAAUGCAGAAUCAUCUCCUUCAAAUCUUAGCCCUCUUUGCCAUGGAAACACCUGUUAGUCUAGAUGCAGAGGAUAUCAGAAACGAAAAGGUCAAGGUUUUGCGUUCAAUGAGGCCAAUCCAAGUUGAAGAUGUGGUGAUAGGACAGUACAAGAGCCACACAAAGGGAGGAGUCACAUAUCCAGGCUACACCGAUGAUAAAACUGUACCGAAAGAUAGUCUGACUCCAACGUUUGCAGCUGCUGCUCUUUUCAUCGACAAUGCAAGAUGGGAUGGUGUGCCUUUUCUGAUGAAAGCUGGCAAAGCACUACACACCAGGAGGGCGGAGAUAAGGUUGCAGUUCAGGCAUGUUCCAGGGAACUUGUAUAACAGGAAUAAUACUGGUUGUGAUCUUGAUAAAGCUACAAACGAGCUUGUGAUCCGUGUCCAGCCUGAUGAAGCAAUCUAUUUGAAGAUAAACAACAAGGUCCCUGGUUUAGGAAUGAGACUAGAUCGAAGUAACUUGAAUCUUUUAUAUUCAGCAAGGUAUUCGAAAGAGAUACCAGAUGCGUAUGAGAGGCUUCUGCUGGAUGCAAUAGAAGGAGAAAGAAGGUUGUUCAUAAGAAGUGACGAGCUUGAUGCAGCUUGGUCACUGUUCACUCCAUUGCUUAAAGAGAUUGAAGAGAAGAAGAGAAUCCCUGAGUACUAUCCUUAUGGGAGUCGUGGUCCAGUUGGUGCUCAUUAUCUAGCUGCUAAGCAUAAGGUCCAAUGGGGUGACAUCAGCCUUGACCAGUGAAAGAGUCGGAUCAAAUGAUUUGUUUGUGUUGUCAUUAUACCCUUGAUAUAGAUUUUAUGUUGUAGGGUCAAGUUUUUCUACGUUUCUUUAGUUUUCAACAGCUAUUCCUUUGAAUAAUUGUGCAUUUGGUUGUGCAAUUAAUAAAUAUAUAAAAACCAAUGUCAAAC